AUGCCAGGGUGGUGGCAGCUGUACCUGGCCCACUGGGCGGCCCUGACCCUCCAGGGCGUGGGGCAGAGCAUCCCCGGAGAGGACGACGCGGAGUUGAACUAUUAUGGGGAGAACGUCAUUGACCUGCUGGAGGCCCUCAACGUCACCCGCUCCAUCGAGGGAGUCACCAGGGCCAAGGGCCCCGAUCGGGGGGUGCCGGCCUGGAAGUUCCGCCAGCGGGUGCCCCACCUGACGCUCCCCUGGGACUACUCCGUCUACCUGCUGUCCACGGUGCAAGCCGCCCUGGGAUUCCACUUCGUGGCCCGCCAGAGCCGUGGCUCAGAGGGAACCCUCAUCUCCUUGGUGUCUCCGGCCGCCACCAAGCGGGACGGGCGCCCGCUGCUGCAGCUGGUGUCCAGCACCCGGCUUGACCAGCUCCGCCUGGACUACCGUGCCGUCCACAACAUGGAGCCGGCUUCCUUGGUCUUCCCCGGCGGCAACCCUUUCGCCCAUGGCCACUGGGCACGGCUGGCCCUCAACCUGGAGCCUCACCGCAUCUCCCUCUUCGUGGACUGCCGGGAGCCGGUCGUCUUUGAGAAGGGCGGCGGGGAAGAGGUGCUGAGCCUCAUCCUGCCCCUGGACCUGCACAUCACCUUUGCCAGCUUGUCUGGAGACAAGGCCAGCAAGUUCUUGGGCUAUUGGCAGACAGCUGAGAUCUCGCCCAGUGGAUUCCCACAACGCCCCUGGCACUGUGAGAACCUACCAGAACCUGAUCCACUGGCUUUGCCCUACACCGUGGCUGAAGAACACUACAUGGCUCUGCCGAGACAACAUCUCCCCCGACUGGAGUCCCCACCACACCAGGAGCCGCUGGCCCUCACGGACAUCCGCCAUUACCAGCGGGAGCCCAGCGAGUCUGAUUUCCCACCCCCGGGGGUUGCGCGGUCCGGCCUGGGCGGCACGGAAGAGAGGAUCCGCAGGAUGGAGGAACUGGUGGACGGACUCGGGACUAUGCUGGACAUGGUGAAGGAGCAGAACUCCAACCUGCUGGGCCGCGUGAAGUCCCUGGAGGAGUGCGAAUGCCGGCGGCUGGCUUGCAUUUGGGAAGGGCGGCGCCACGAGGACGGCGCGUCCUGGGAUCAGGACCCCUGCACCACCUGCCUGUGUGUGCGGGGCAAGCCGGAGUGUUCGCUGAGACAUGACCGACCGCGUUGCCUGGGUUGUGCGGAUGGCCGAAAGGAAGGCGAGACCUGGACCCUCUGGCCAUGCCAGGUUUGCCGGUGUGAGGAUGGCGCAGUAUCCUGCAAGAUGGAAGACUGCCCCCCAGCUGUGUGCCAGCACCCCGUCGUCCCAGAGAGGAAAUGCUGCCCCGAGUGUGGGGACUGCCUGUACAAGGGCCACCACCUGACCAACGGGCAGAGCUACCUGGACGACUCGUGCAUCCAGUGUGCUUGCAAGGCUGGCACCGUGCAGUGCCAAGCUGCCAAGUGCCCGGAGUUGGCAUGCCGGGAGCGUCACGUGCCACCUGGGGAGUGCUGCCCAGUUUGCCGCCCAGGUUGUGAGUAUGAAGGGCAGCAAUACCAAGAGGGAGAAGUCUUUGUGGCCAUCUCCAACCCUUGUAUGAAUUGCUCCUGUCUGAGAAGUCUUGUCCGAUGCUACCCGAUCCGGUGCCCCUCGAGCCGCUGCUCCCAGCCGAUCCCCCAGGCCGGCCAGUGCUGCCCUGUCUGCCCAGCUUGUGAGCUGGAUGGACAUCCCUUGGAACCUGGGCAGAAGCGCCUCUCGGCAGACGGCUGCCAACACUGUUCCUGCUCUGACGGGGAGGUGGUCUGUGUCCCGGCUCAGCAGUGCCCCACGACUUGCACCCACGGGGCACCACCUGCCGUCGGCUCCUGCUGCCCAGAUUGUGCCCGCUGCCUUUUCCAAGGAGCGCUCAUUCCCAGCGGAGCGGAGUUCACCGGCCGUGACCUUUGUGAGCGCUGCAUUUGCGAGGGCACCAUCUCAGCUCAGUCCUGGAUGGUGAUCGAUAUUCCUCUGCCCCCUCCAUAUGCGACAGGUUGUGUGGACGGAACCAGCCAAUAUGAGCACGGCGAGGAGUGGACGCCCACCACGGACCCUUGCCUGAAAUGCAAGUGCCUGGAAGGCAACGCCGUGUGCAAACGGAGGCAGUGUGCGAGUCUGUGCCGCCACCCAGCCCGCCCUCGCUGGGGUUCCUGCUGCCCCGUCUGUGAUGGUUGCCUGUGGGAAGGGCGAGAGUACCGCAGCGGAGAUCCAGUGCCAAGCGGGGACCCUUGCAAGCGGUGCAGGUGUAGGGCUGGGGAGGUUUCCUGUGAGCGGCUGGACACGGACUGCCCCCCCGCAACCUGCAGCCACCCCGCCAAAAGGCCCGGCCAGUGCUGCCCGACCUGUGAGGCUUGUGAAUUUGAAGCACACCUGUACCAGAAUGGAGAGACCUUCACCCCUGGAGGUGGCAACCCAUGCCUGCGAUGCUCAUGCACAGACGGGCACAUCCGGUGCCAGGAGGAGCUCUGUCCCCCUGCCCCCUGCCCCCAGCCUGUCCAAGACCCAGAGCGCUGCUGCCCAGUCUGCAAAGUUUGUGUCCUUGACAGCGUGGAGUUCGAGGAGGGCACCGAAUGGGAGACGGAAGGGGAUCCCUGCAGCACCUGCGUCUGCCUCCAGGGGGAGCCCGUGUGCAGCGCCACUCAGUGCCCACCUGUCCCCUGCCGACACCCAGCCCAGCUACAAGGUUCCUGCUGUCCAACCUGCCAGCAGUGCUCCUACAAGCAGCGGCUCUACGGCAACGGGCAAGAGUUCACCGACCCGGACAGCCCGUGCCAAAGCUGCCGGUGUGCGGACGGCACGGUGCUGUGCUCCCCCACUGCGUGCCCACCAGUGAUUUGCCCCCAUCCCAAGAAGAGGCCUGGAUUCUGCUGCCCAAAAUGUCCAGACUGCACCCUGGACAACCGCGUGGUGCUCGAGGGAGAGGAGUUGCCCCACCCGCAGAAUCCAUGCCAGGCCUGCAUAUGCACCAGCGGGGAACUCCGCUGCACGGAGCGGCACUGCCCCGGGCCCCUCUGCAAACACCCGUUGCCGGGAUCCUGCUGCCAGAAUAACUGCAACGUGUAUGUUGUUGUUCAUAUUAACGGGAAUGUGCAGUGCCUCUCCACCCGCUGUGGCCCCCUGGUCUGCCCAGAGCCCUUCAUGAUGCCCGGGGAAUGCUGCCCUCGGUGCCCAGCCCCUCCGGCCAGCUGCCUGUACCUGGGCGUCUCUUAUCAGCACGUGGAGCGGUUCUACGACCCAUCGGACAAAUGCCGGGACUGCGUCUGCAGCAACGGGACCAUCACUUGCCAACGCCAGCCCUGCGCGCCAGCCCUGUGCUCCCACCCGCUGAAGCAGGACUGCUGCCGUUCCUGCGACGGCUGCCUUUACCUUGGGAAGGAGCUGCCCAACGGAGAGCAGUUUGCAGACCCCAAAGAUCCCUGCAGUGUCUGUUCCUGCUGGGAGGGGAGCGUCACCUGUAAACCCAAGGCCUGCCCACCGCGGGAGUGCCCAUUCCCAGUCCCUGGGCCGUGCUGCAAGAUCUGCGAAG